UCACUUACUAUAACUCCUUGGUUUUACACGAUGGAAAUUAAUUUGAAAGCUAUAAUUUAAAUCAAUUGAAUUAAUUAAUAAUUAUAUAAAAUUUUGAUGGAAUUGUGUAUUUUAAUUAGCAUCUAUUAUUAUACAAGCUCUUAAAUAUUUAUAUUAGAACAGAUAUUUGUUUUUUGACUUCGAUCCUCGCAAAUUAGUGUUUUAUUCAUAAUAAAUUCUUGAUUUUUAAUUUAUUUUCAUCAUGUCUUUCAAUUUAGGAUUUAUUGGUGGCGGAAAUAUGUCCUCCGGAAUCUUUAAAGGGAUAUUAAAAAGUGAUGAUCACCUAGUUUCAAAAAUUUGGGUAGCAGGCCCACACUUGGAAAAUCUUCAACACUGGAAAGAUUUAGGGGCUAAUAUAACAACAAAAAAUGGUGAAGUAGUUGAUAAUUGUGAUAUCAUAUUUCUUGGUGUAAAACCAGGGAUUUUAAGCAAUGCUAUAGCAGGUUGCCGUGAUACUCUUUCUGUGCAAUCUAAAAGUGUACUAUUUGUAUCUAUGUUAGUUGGUAUCAAUAUAGAAAAUAUACAUAAGGUAUUAAAAGUUCUACCACUUCAGUCAAGAGUCAUCCGUAUUUUACCAAAUACACCAAUGGCUAUUGGCGCUGGCUCUUGCUUGUACACUGAAGACGACAAUGUAACAAAAGAACAAUGCACAUUAUUAGAAAACUUAUUAAAAGGUUGUGGAGUAUGUGAAAGAGUACCAGAAUCUCUUAUGGAUAAUUUGGGAAUUCUUACAGGAUGUGGCCCAGCUUUUAUGUACAUUGUAAUUGAAGCAUUAGCAGACGGGGCAGUAAAACAAGGUGUACCAAGAGCUACUGCAAUAAGACAUGCAGCACAAAUGGUUGUGGGUAGUGGGCAAAUGGUGUUACAAAGUGGUAAACAUCCUGCAGUAUUAAAGGAUGAAGUAUGCUCUCCAGGUGGAUGUACAAUUUGUGGUGUGGCUGCUCUGGAAAAUGGGAAAUUGAGGGCUACUCUUAUAAAUGCUAUUGAAGCUGCAGUACUCAAAACGAAAGAAAUUGGGAAGAAGUAGCUUAUGAAAUAUCUAAUAAUUAUUUUUUAUUAAGGUCUUAGGUAUGUUGUAAAUGAUCAAUUGUGUUUUUAAACUUGGUAAAAUGUGUCGAUUUUUUUAAUCAAACAUCUGAUAAGUGUUUGUUUGACGCAUUUGUGGAAUAGUCUAUAAAUGAGUUCAUAUGACAACAGAGAUAUUUGUCAAUCUCGGAUAAGUGCAAAUUCAAGAAACCACAGUAAAAGGUGCCUGUUACACAGGUUUUAUUUAAUAAAAAUGUUAAUCAAGGCGUCUGUCAAAUUCGUUAUAAUUUUCAGAACUUUUAAGUUUAGUUCCAGUAGAAAAUUAAAAAUACUCAUAUGUAAAGAUUAUUAAUAAUUAUAUAUUAUGUCAAUGUUGUGUAUAGAUAAAGUGCUAAUUUCUAAUGAUAUAAUCGUUGGAAAUAUUUAUAAUAGGUACAUAUAAAUAUUACAAUUAUUUGGUGUGUUUGCUGGACAACACUGGAAAUUAAUGUAGUCUUUGUAUACAUUUUGUGUAUUUAUUUGCAAUUACUAAUUAUGUAGAUGAUCUUUUUAUCAUGACAAACAAUGUGAUAUGAAUAUCCUUUUAUUUAAUUUAUUUCAGUAUUGCUUAAUGUAUAAAAACUAUAUUAUAAUGUAUUUAACUAAGUAUUAUCUCUAAAUGAAUCUCAUUUAAUUCAUUAAAUAACAAUUUAUAAUCA